UUUUUUUUUUUCUGUCUACUUCUUCCCAAGUCCUGUUCUGAACUGACACACAACACAGAGAGAGAGAGAGAGAGAGAGAGAUAUCACCUACCACAAAUCCAGGAAAGAGUACCCCAGUUGUUGUAAACCCGACAAAAUCUAAUCAGUUUUGCUUACUGAGGUGAAGAGAAGCUCAAAGAGAGCUUCUUUUUCAACCUCUGCAAUUGUGGGCAUUAAUGAUCUCAGUCUCAGAUACCCAUUACAUGAAGAUUCUAUUUCUGGGUCUUGACAAUGGCAACCGUAGAGAAAUCCCAUGUUGUUGAUGUAGAGGAAAGUGGUCGCCGGACAUCCGGUUCCGGCGGCUGUGACCUGUACUCCGAUUUCGGCGAUCGGUCCGAUGAGGAGCAGAGGUGUUCGAGCGGGUCCGGGAACGAGAUUGUGGGGGUGUCUGAUAAGGAAAGCGGAUCCUCUGUGUCAGAGUGUUCUGCGGAGGUGGAUCUGGAAUGUGGGGUACCAGAGAUUAAGCUACAUUUGGCAAAAGUUGAGAGGGAUUGUAGAAUUUGUCAUCUGAGCUUGGAUGCAACCAAUCAGGAAUCUGGGUUUCCCAUGGAGUUGGGAUGUUCUUGUAAGGAUGAUUUGGCUGCUGCCCACAAGCAGUGUGCUGAGGCUUGGUUCAAGAUCAAGGGAAACAAGACCUGUGAGAUCUGUGGAUCAGUUGCACGCAAUGUUGCUGGUGCAAAUGAGGCUGAGUUGAUGGAGCAGUGGAACGAGACAAAUGACGCAGCAGCAGCAGUAGCAGCAGCACCCGUGAACCCAACAGAGACUCGAAACUUCUGGCAGGGUCACCGGUUUCUGAAUUUUCUGCUUGCUUGUAUGGUCUUUGCCUUUGUAAUCUCUUGGCUCUUUCACUUCAAUGUACCCUCAUGAAAUCCCGCGACCAAAAAAAAAAAAAACCCGCAUUUCUCUCGGGUCGAUGAUUGAGAAGCAGCAAGCAAAAGCCUAUUGCUCUUCCCACUUGCACAGGUACCCGCAUCUCCGUACUUGGAGUUAGUAUCUCUCUAUCUGCUUGAUGUUUAUACUAGUAGCAGAGCUUCUUCAGACUGUUGUGUAAUUUAUGUUGUGUUAUCCAAAACUGUAUCAUGUUACAGUUGUACCUUAUUUGCUUUGUUAUAUUUGUAUCACAAUGUAGUCUUCUCAGUCUCUUCUGUGAUCUAGAAUUUGUAUUGGGUAAACCAGCUGGAUGGUUGCAUCAAUUACGUUUUGUUCAACUAGAUUAAUACGCGUCUAUGAAUAUCGUGCUCUUGGUAUA